AAAAUAAAGUUAACCUGAAAGCAGCAAUUUGUGUCAAAUUUUGCCUGAAACUCGAAUUGGCGACAUCAACUCUUUGCCCGGUUUAAUAAAAAUUGCAGCGAAACAUCCAGCCAAAAAUGUUGUUAAAUCGCUCGACCAACGUUUUGGCGAAACAGUGCUCAAAAUAUGGCCCGAAUGUAAAAGCUAUCAGCACAACACAACAAUGCUAUCGAGGCAAAAUAAAUAUUCAACGACCGCGGGCACCACACUACGAUCGUGCCCUGUUUAAUGUCGUCACAGAACCAAUUAUACCCCGUCCAACACUUACACAGGAGUGCUAUCAAAGACGUCUUCAGAAACAAUUUGUGGGCGCAAGGGAAAAAGUGGUCAAUCCGUACGAAGUAAUCAUUGCCAAGGAAGUGUUUAAAAGGCUGAAUGAAUCGAAAAUGGUGGCGAUAUUUCACGUAAAUUCCAUCAAUGCGGACGAUAUGUUUAAGAUAACCGUGGAUCUGCAUCGGCAAAAUAUGCAUUUGAAGGCGUAUGGCAAAGCGAUCAUGGAAAAAGCCGUUGUUGGAAGUCCGUACGAAACGAUAUUGCCACUGUUCGGUUCGAAGAAUUGCAUUGUGUUCUGCGAGGAGGCAAACGUUGGUCAACUGUUGAAAAUCAUCCGAAAGGCACCGCAACUAAUAUUGCUCGCUGGUAUCGUUGAAAAUCAGUUGCUCAGCAAAAAUGAAUUGGUCAAAUUGUCGAAAUUGCCGGAUCUGACCACAGCCCGAGCCCAAUUCGUUGGAGUGUUGAAUAGUGUUGGGUCUGGUUUGGUCAGUAAUUUACAGGCGCAUCAAACCAAUUUGUGCAAUUUGUUGGAUUUGCAUGCCAAACCGAAGGACACUGAAGACGAUGGAGCGAAAAACAGUGACAGUGUUGAGAGUACAUAAAAUUGGUAGACUUGUGGCACUGAUAGAAAUAAAAAGUUUUUGUUUUAUUGGUAAAAAUACUUUUUUUAAUUUUGCGUAAAAUAUUCAAUGGAAUUGCUUAAUAUUCAAUAUAAUUUGUUCAAAUCUCAUCUCUUACAAUAACCAAACAAAAAAUCGUUCAAAAUAUAGACACAAGCUAUACAACGUCCGGUAUACAAUCAUAUCUCAACAUAGUUUCUCGCUUAGACUAACAUUUUUGACUUUUUUGGCACUUCGGUAUUAAAAACUGUUUCAAGGAAAUGAAUCUUAAAAUUAUGUAAACGGUUACGAUAUGACAAUAAUAAUCCCGUAAAAUAUGAUAUGGUCAAC